AUGAGUGAUACGGAUUACGAUUCAGAUGUACCAUCAACAAGCACUGGUGCAGCAAGAGGCAACAAAUUACCCGCGCUGCAAAUUAAAAAUAUGUGGGCCAGCUAUAAGGUUCGCGACAAGUUGCGUACGGUUGAGCAGUGCAUCGCAUUUUCCGAGCAAAACGGCUUGAUGCUGCGGACGAAACUAUGUACAACCCACAGAACCCCUAUGGCGAUAUAUGGCAUGGGGAGCGCCGAUUUAGGCAGCUUUCGUUGCCGGAAGGGCCCAUGCCGAACCAAGUCGAGCGUAUCGAGAGCCAAGGGAACUUGGUUCGAGAACGCCAAAAUAUCACUGCCCCAUAUAUUUUAUAUGAUGCAUUGCUAUUCGGGGCACUAUACGCAAUCCCAAGUUAAACUUGAAAACUAUGUCGAGGGCCCCUGCUUGUCAAGCAGGAAAAUAACCGACUGGUAUAACUACUGUUGGGAGGAAGUGGUUUAUUACCAACUCGAAAAGGAGGAGCAUGGCGCAAAAAUUGGAGGGCCCGGGAAAAUAGUUCAAAUUGACGGAAGUAAAUUUGGAAAGAGAAAGUUCAACAAAGGGAGGAGGGUCGAGGGUCACUGGGUCCUCGGAAUGAUAGAGGACGGGAGCGAGGACAUCAGGCUCGAAGAGUGUCCGGAUAAUGUGCGAUCGACGGAGGUGCUAAUACCCCUAAUCCAGAAGCACGUUGCUGAAAGCACUACCAUUCGUACGGACUUCUGGAAGGCGUACGAUUGCUUACCGAGUUAUGGGUAUGAGUACCAAAAGGUGAAUCACAGCGACCCAGACAACCCUUUUGUGGCGCCAGAUGGGACUCAUACCCAGCGUAUCGAGUCACAGUGGCGAGUGGUAAAGCGGGUUUUCCAAAAAGAUAACUACAACAACACGGCCAAUUUCGCAGACAUUAUCGUAGAAUUUUUGUGGAGAAAGUCCAUUGAAAAUAAUCGGCAAGAUCCCUUCGAGAAACUCAUCGAAGCGGUUAAACACACAUAUAAGCCAUGA